CCUCGCUCGGUUGGCCUACUCGGUUCGUUUGGCAACCUUAGUUCUGUUGCUAGCAUCAAGACCACAUAUUUAUUGUUCGAAUGCUGCCUUAAAUCUAAUCCAGGUGACAUGUAUCCUGCUUUAUCAAAGGAAGUUCAGAAAGCUAGUGAUUUAUGGAAAUCUUAGUUUGUUAACUAUUGGAAAGGGAAUGGUAUUGAAACUGUCUCCGGAGAUAUACAAGUUGAAUGUAAUGGACAUGAGGAAACAAUGACAAGUCAAGAGGAGAAUAAUAAUGUUGGCUCGCUGUCACCACCAGAGGACUCAAAUGUGGGUGAAGUUACUGCAGCCAUGGAGGAAGAAGAGAAAGCUCUUCAUGAGGUUUCUAGCAAAGAACAACAAGAUUUGAGAGUUAAGGCUGAACAAGAAUGGGAGAGUGUUGAAGACGAGAAAAGGACGCUUCGUCUAAUGCUUUUGUUGGAAAAGUCACAAAUUUAUUGUGAUUUUCUUCUUAAAAAAAUGGAAAAGCAGAAAGUGGAAGCAGAGAAGAAGCAAGAAAAGCUAGAAAAGAAAAGAAACAAGGAGAAGGAUGGCAUGCAAAUGGUUUCCCACACCGAACGCAGGGUAAGUGCAAGAGGUCACAAGAAAUUGAAUGGCACUGUUGAAACUAGCCCUCAAAAGAAGAAAACAGUCUCCAACAGGAAAGCUGGUAGAAAAAGAAAGGCAGAAGAUUCCUCAAGCUACAUGAUAUCCAAUUAUCUUGACAAAGAGUCACUGACCAAGAGGUGCAAAGUAUCAGAAGACAGUGAGAAUGUUGGCAUGGAAUCUUCAUCUACUAUACAUGUAUCCCAGUGUGUCUCGGAAAUGAAUGGAGACCAUGGGGAGGAAAGCAAGGAGCCUGGUUGCUCAAGCAGUAGUGAUGAAGACAAAUCAACAACUCAACCACGGUUUGUUACUGGAGGAGAGCUAAGGCCAUAUCAGCUUAAAGGUCUUGCUUGGCUUAAGGUCCUUUAUGAAAAUGGUAUGAAUGGCAUCUUAGCUGAUGAGAUGGGUCUUGGUAAAACACUGCAAUGCAUCUCACUAUUGGCACACUUUAUUGAAAUGGGAGUCAGAGGACCUUUUCUUGUAGCUGCUCCUCUGUCUACACUGAAUAACUGGGUUAAAGAAUUCCAGAAAUUUGCCCCAAAGAUUCCUGUGAUGUUUUAUCAUGGCACACAACUGGAACGUCUGCGUCUGAGGGGCCAACUGCAAAAGCUGGUGCAUGUGGAAGGCGAAAUUUAUACUCUGCCUGUGGUAGUCACUUCCUAUGAGAUUUGUAUGAAUGAUCAGAAAACUAUGCAUGAUUUGAACUGGAAGUACCUCAUUGUUGAUGAAGGGCAUCGCAUCAAAAACCUUAAUUGUAAGCUUAUCAGGGAGUUGAAGACAUACAAGACAGCAAAUCGUUUGCUACUUACAGGCACCCCAUUGCAGAACAAUUUGUCAGAGCUUUGGUCUUUGUUAAAUUUCCUUUUACCAGACAUAUUUGAUGACCUAGAUAGUUUUCAGAGAUGGUUUGAUUUUAGUGCUCUUAGUGAAGAUGGUGGAAAUGAGAAGAUUAUUCAACAAGAGAGGGAGCAUCAAGUCCUACAAAGACUUCAUGCUAUACUUACACCUUUCCUCUUGAGACGCCUGAAAACUGAUGUUGAAUUAUCCUUGCCACCUAAGAAAGAGGUUUUGGUUUAUGCACCAUUGACAGAGAAGCAGCAGACAUUGUACAAAGCAUGUUUGGACAAGACACUCCCUGACAUUCUUGGCCAGAAGAAGAAAAGUGAUGAUCCUGUAGAGUGUAGUAGUACUGGUAGAAGAAAGAGAAAGAGUAGGCAAGAUCUCAGUUACAGUGUGUUUUUUAAUGAUGAUGAGGUUGAGAUGCAGAACUAUUUGAAAAAGCAAGAUACUAACAGGAAAGCUGUGGCUAGCACCAGCUCACCAAGUACGGUUGUGUCAGUCAGUAUGAACAGCAUCCUAACUCUACUACGGAAAUGCUGUAACCAUCCAUACCUGAUAGAGUGUCCUCUGGAGGAGGGAACAUUACUACGCAAAGUUGACGAGGAGUUGGUUACAAGCUCAGGCAAGAUGAUGCUUCUUGAUCAAAUGCUACCAAAACUGAUUCAAAGAGAACACAAGGUGUUGAUUUUCUCUCAAUGGACCAGUGUGAUGGAUAUUUUGGAGGACUACUGCAUUAUGCGGAACUAUGGUUACUCCAGGUUAGAUGGGCAAAUGAAUAUAGCGGAUAGGCAGGAGGAGAUAGCGAAGUUUGAAUCUAAUCCAUCAGUGUGUGUGUUUCUCUUGAGUACAAGAGCUGGCGGCCUUGGUCUGAACUUGUCUGUAGCAGACACAGUAAUAAUUUAUGACAGUGAUUGGAAUCCACAGAUGGAUUUACAGGCCCAAGAUCGUUGUCAUCGGAUUGGUCAAACCAAACCAGUUGUUGUGUAUCGUUAUGUUACAGCAAAUACUGUUGAUCAGAAGAUUGUCGAGAGAGCAGGAAGCAAGAGGAAACUUGAAAAGAUGAUCAUCCAUAAAGGAAAAUUCAAGGGUAACCGAGAUACGGGGGUAUUGGAAACAAAGGAUCUUCGCGAACUGUUGGAGAUGAGCGAUCAUCACAAAGUAGUGUCCAGCGAAGGUUUACUGAUAAAAGAUCAAGAUCUAAUGGCUUUGCUCGACAGAAGUGAUCUUGUCUCCAACGCUGCUCUACAACGAAAAUCUGGAAGACCCAAAAAAGGUCAAGAACACAAUGGAUUAUUCCGUGUGUUGGCUACAGAUAUCCCUGCUUCCCAAUGAGCAGAAGAUCUAUCAAGAGAGGAAAUACUUUUUCUUUUUCAUCCUCA